GUCGUAUCCGUCCGCGUGGAUGGAACAAGUAACGCCUACUAGGGAACUUACACCUUCACUACCUAGCGAGAGUCCGAGCGGAUAAGAUCUCUAGGAACUAGGCGAAAGAGACCUGCAGUUUGAGAGCUUCCUUUCUCAACCCUAUAAGCGAUCUCCUUUUGCCCCGCCUGAAGAUAGCUGCCUGGGAGAUGAUUGCCAAGUUCACCGCCCGGGGUGCCUUUGUGUAGCCAGGCUCACAGACCCCGACUCUCGCGUCCUAGCAGUAGCCUGACUCCUCUGGAUAGCUUGCUGGAGCUCCCUCGAGCGUUCCGUGACCGCCCUCCCUCCUGCGAGUCCUUACUUAGUGGAAUGAUACACAGACCAAGUUUUCUGAGACAGGAAGUGAGGAAUGUUUUCACUAUCACUGAGCUGGAGGGGAGCCUGGCAUGCCUUUCCUUACCCACAGGACGCACCGAGACCCCUGUGAAAGGAGACCGGUGAGAGAUGUCUUCCAGGGGAGAACCUGUGCUGUUUGCAUUUUGUAGUUGAGGAUGCGUGACCCCAGAUCCUCUUCAGCUGGAUCACUGCAACAGUACUUUGGUGGAUGAUCCCUUCACCUGGACCUUGGAGAAUCAGAUGCUUUUUAAUGGCUGCAGACACUGCUGGGUGAGCAGUCUGAGACUUUACAACUCUCAACUCCUCAGGAGACCAACAUUCUCCUUUAAAACCUUCCACUGGGUCAGUGGUGGUGCUUUUUCUUCUCUGCCUCUUUAAAAGAGAAGGAGAGAUAAGAUGCCACUUCCAUUUGGGUUGAAAUUGAAACGUACUCGUCGAUACACAGUGUCCAGCAAGAGCUGUUUGGUUGCUCGAAUCCAACUGCUAGACAAUGAGUUUGUGGAGUUCACACUGUCUGUGGAGAGCACUGGUCAGGAAAGCCUGGAAGCUGUAGCCCAAAGACUAGAGCUUCGUGAGAUUACUUACUUCAGCCUGUGGUAUUACAACAAGCAAAAUCAGCGCCGAUGGGUAGAUUUGGACAAGCCUUUGAAAAAGCAGUUAGACAAGUAUGCACUGGAACCAACUGUCUAUUUUGGGGUGGUGUAUUAUGUGCCCACAGUUUCCCAACUUCAGCAGGAAAUUACCAGGUAUCAGUAUUAUCUGCAACUGAAGAAAGAUAUAUUGGAAGGAAAUAUUCCUUGCACAUUAGAACAGGCAAUUCAGCUGGCUGGCUUAGCUGUUCAAGCUGACUUUGGUGACUUUGAUCAGUAUGAAUCUCAGGACUUUUUACAAAGAUUUGCCUUGUUUCCAGUGGGAUGGUUACAAGAUGAAAAAGUAUUGGAAGAAGCAACGCAAAAAGUGGCCUUGCUACACCAAAAAUACAGAGGGCUUACCCCACCUGAUGCUGAAAUGCUAUAUAUGCAAGAGGUAGAGAGGAUGGAUGGUUAUGGGGAAGAGAGCUAUCCUGCUAAGGAUAGCCAAGGAAGUGACAUCUGUAUUGGAGCCUGUCUUGAUGGUAUCUUUGUGAAACACAAAAAUGGAAGACCUCCAGUUAUAUUUAGGUGGCAUGACAUUGCCAAUAUGUCACACAAUAAGUCCUUCUUUGCAUUAGAACUGACAAAUAAAGAGGAGACCAUCCAGUUUCAAACUGAAGACAUGGAAACUGCAAAAUAUGUAUGGAGGCUGUGUGUUGCAAGACACAAAUUUUACAGACUAAACAAAUGCAACUUGCAAACCCAGACUCUUGCAGUGAAUCCAGUCAGGAGGAGGUCUUCAUCAAGGAUGUCUCUGCCUAAGCCACAGCCAUAUGUGAUGCCUCCACCACCUCAGUUACAUUACAAUGGACACUACACAGAGCCAUAUUCUUCUUCCCAAGAUAACCUCUUUGGGAACAACCAGAAUGGAUAUUAUUGCCAUUCUCAGACAAGUCUAGAUAGAGCACUCGACUACAAUGGAAGAAUCCGCAAUGGAAGUGUCUAUAGUGCCCACAGCACAAACUCUUUAAAUAACCCACAGCCUUUCUUGCAACCCUCCCCGAUGUCUUCCAACCCAAGCAUCACUGGAAGUGAUGUUAUGAGACCCGACUAUGUCCCAACACAUAGACAUAGUGCCCUGAUACCACCGUCCUAUCGCCCCACCCCAGAUUAUGAAACCGUGAUGCGGCAGCUUAACCGCGGAGUAAGCCACGCAGACCGGCAGAGCCACUCCCUGAGAAAUCUCAAUAUUGGAAAUUCAUAUGCUUAUAGUAGACCUGACGCUUUGGUCUACAGUCAGCCUGAAAUCAGAGACCGUGCUCAGUUUACUUCUCCACAGUCAGCUCACUAUCCAUUCAAUCUAAAUUACAGUUUUCAUAGUCAGUCUCCUUACCCCUAUCCCGCUGAGAGGCGACCUGUUGUUGGAGCAGUGAGUGUGCCUGAGUUGACUAACGUACAGCUUCAGGCUCAGGAUUAUCCGGCGCCCAACAUCAUGAAAACACAGGUUUAUAGACCACCCCCACCGUACCCAUAUCCACGACCUGCCAAUAGCACCCCGGACUUAUCCCGACAUCUGUACAUCAGCAGUAGCAAUCCGGACCUCAUCACAAGGCGAGUCCACCACUCGGUGCAGACGUUCCAAGAAGACAGUCUCCCCGUUGCCCACUCUCUGCAAGAGGUCAGCGAGCCCUUGACUUCAGCCCGGCAUGCUCAGUUAAAGAAGAGGAACAGUAUUGAGAUCGCUGGAUUGACCCAUAGUUUUGAAGGAAUAAGACUUAAAGAGAGGACCAUGUCUGCCUCUGCAGCUGACGUGGCGCUGCCCCGGGUGAUAGCAGCCAGCUCUCAGCCAAACGUUUUUAUCGAAAGAACAAAACAAGAGGAAAAUGAAGAACAGGAAAAUGUGAGAUAUGGUCAUAAGAAAUCUCUUUCAGAUGCCACUAUGCUGAUUCAUAGCAGUGAAGAAGAAGAAGAAGAAGAUUUUGAGGAAGAAAGUAAAGCACGUACAGUGCUCUCUCCUCAUCCUGAUGAGACCACACAGCUUUCCUCGGGAAUAGGUGGCUUCUCCAAAGAACCUUUGCUGGGCUACCCUUAUGGCUCAUUAACCCCAGGGCCCAACCCUUUGCAUAUUCUUGAGCCAAAGUCACAUAUGCUGGAGACUGAGAAGUCAGUUAGGGCCAUCAGUCCAGUUCAUCUGAUAGUGGAAGCCCAGGUACCUAGAAGAGAAGGGUUACUGACUCCAUCUAUGUCAGAGUCUGACCUAACAACAUCAGGACGAUAUAGGGGCAAGAGGGAUUCUCUGAAGAAGAGACCUGUGUUGGAUAUUCUUUCAGGGAAGAAGAAUGUUGUUGAAGGUCUUCCUCCAUUAGGGGGAAUGAAAAAGAAUCGAGCAGAUGCAAAAAAAUGUGGUCCUCUUAAACUGGCUGCCUUAAAUGGAUUAUCAUUAUCAAGAAUGCCCUUGCCUGAUGAAGGAAAAGAAGUGCCUACCAGAGCAACCAAUGAUGAAAGGUGUAAGAUUCUGGAACAGCGUUUAGAACAGGGAAUGGUGUUCACAGAAUAUGAACGCAUUCUGAAAAAGCGGCGGAUAGAUGGGGAAUGUGCAAUAGCACGGCUCCCUGACAAUGCAGAAAGAAACAGAUUCCAAGAUGUGCUCCCUUAUGAUGAUACCAGAGUAGAACUGGUCCCAACCAAAGAAAAUAAUACUGGUUAUAUCAAUGCAUCACAUAUUAAGGUCUCUGUUGGUGGCAUUGAAUGGGAUUAUAUUGCCACCCAAGGACCUUUGCAAAAUACAUGUCAGGAUUUUUGGCAGAUGGUAUGGGAACAAGGGAUUGCUAUCAUAGCAAUGGCAACAGCAGAAGAAGAAGGUGGACGAGAGAAGAGCUUUCGGUAUUGGCCAAGGCUUGGUUCAAGACAUAACACUGUCACCUAUGGAAGAUUUAAGAUCACAACACGAUUCCGCACUGACUCUGGGUGUUAUGCCACAACUGGCUUGAAGAUCAAACAUCUCCUCACUGGGCAAGAAAGAACAAUUUGGCAUCUUCAGUAUACGGAUUGGCCCGAGCAUGGCUGUCCAGAGGACUUAAAGGGAUUUUUGUCAUACCUGGAGGAGAUCCAAUCAGUUCGUCGCCACACAAACAGCACAACAGAACCUAAAAGUCCCAACCCUCCUUUGCUGGUCCACUGCAGUGCUGGUGUAGGAAGAAGUGGAGUGGUCAUUUUGUCAGAAAUCAUGAUCGCCUGUUUGGAGCACAAUGAGAUGCUGGACAUCCCACGCGUGCUUGAAAUGUUGAGGCAUCAAAGGAUGAUGAUGGUGCAGACACUAUGUCAAUAUACUUUUGUCUAUAGAGUUCUCAUUCAGUUCCUGAGAAACUCAAGGCUUAUAUAACCUCUACUUGUUUCUCCUGGGACCCAAUUACCUAUAGUUUACAAGGGAAAAAAAAGUGGGUUUGUCAAGUAAAAUCCAUUUGUUCUUGGACUUUCCCCCAGUCUUCUUACACAAGGUGUAGGGUGCUAAUGUUAACUCAUGGUGGUGCAUUGUGUUGAGCCUUGGAAGUCACAAGGCCAAAGAGGUGGAUUUCUGCUUGGGGGAAGUGCUGGAGAAUUGGGGACUUAGUUGGAGUAACUGGGCUCAGCUCCUGUCUAUGCUGAUUUGCGGUACUUGCACACAUUCUUGAGGUUUUGUUUUCUAGAUAAAAUAAUUCUCUACCUUACUGAAGCUAUGCUGGGCAGUUCUAGCAAUUGUAAAGGCAAUGUAUAGAUUUCUAUCUAAAAACUACUUUUUGAUAAGAGAAUUUUAUUUUGUGACUAAAAUAUCUAGGGGUUCCUUUAGUUAGAAACCCAACUUUCCAUGGGACUUGUCCACAAUUACAACUGGACACAUCAACUUUAUAUAUAUUUUUAAAAUGUUAAUAUCUUUUCUGUUCAUUGUUUUCUUUUUGUUUGUUUUUUAUUCUUGGUUACUUAGGGUUUAGUUAUCAAACUACAAACUACAAAAAGACCUUUAAAGGUCUUAUUAAGGAAAUGAAAGCUUCUUUGUAUUCUUAAAAUUAAUUUUUUAUUUUCAGUUUCUAAAUUAUCCAAAUUAUAAGUAAAAAUGAAAAUAUUCUCAAAUUAUUUUCAGGGUUUCUUAAAGGAAAAAGUUGGAAUUGAAUGCACAAUUACUUCAAGCUUUAAGUAAUAGAGUCAACAGCAUUCAAUAUAUUUUCAGUAUUAUUCAUAACCAUAGAUGACCCUUUGAUUUUUAUUGGUUUAAAUAAGAUUGUUUUAAGGCACUUUUAAAAAAUAUUAAAAACAGUACAUUUCAGUUUCAUUCAUGUAUUGUUUUAUGAGCGGAAACAUUAACACCUGUAAUGAAAGUGAUGUUUUGAAAGAAAUGCUUUAUAGUUUGAAUGUAAGAAAUAAGGAUUUUGAGUAUGUAGGAAGAGUAAGUUUUGAGGAAGUGCAACAUGGCUGCAAACAUGAGAAAGUUUUGUUUUCUAUUGUUGUUACAAAGAUACAGUAUUACUGAUUUCAUUCUUUAGUACUUAACAUUAUCCCUGAGAGUAUGGGGGUGAGGGAAAUGGUUGAAGGAUUGACAGGAGACAGGGUCCUCCCUAGGAGGACUCAAGGUCUGGGACAAAUUACAUCAUGUUCUUUGUCUCCCCUCCCCACCCUGUUUUUUAUAUGGGUGAAAUCAUUGUGUACAUCAAGAAUGGACACAAAAGGUUAACUUGGGGGACAAGUAAAAUGGCAUAAGGAGAAAAGGUGGUUCUACAUUUUAUGUUGAUGCUAGAAGGAAGAUUAUGGGCUAAUUGUUUGUAUAUGAACCUCCAUAUUUUAAAAAUUCUCAUUAUUAUAUUUUUUCCCCAACUUCCAUUUCAAAGUUGUCUCCCUAUGGCACCAACAAACAUCCUAUCAGUUCUCUUCUAAGACCAUCACCAUGCUUUGACCAUUAGUGAAUGGCUUUGAACUCAAAGGUAAAUCAGAGACGCAGCUUAAUUUAUCACUGAAAACUAAGUAUGUGGUGUUGCGAGUCAUGAGUCAGGAAUUACUUGGGGCAUUUUUACAGUGACAUAUUUGCCAGUCUUCAUUUGACUUACAAGAGACCAGUUAAGUGGUAAAAACAAGAAUCAGAAGUUAUGAACUGAACCAAUUUGUAUGUAGGACUAUUUCUAAAAUAGAAUGUAAUAUUGAUUUCAAUAUCAGUUUUUCAGAAAUCCAAUCUAAAGGAUAGUAGAUCCAAGGAUGAUGUUCAGUGAUAGCUAGCUGUUUGAGAAAAUGGAAUUAUAAUAAUACAAAUAAUGGCUAAAACAGUGCUUUAGAUAUAGUGCUAUAAAGGAUACCAGACACUUCAUGUGUGUUAUUCCUCAUGGCAAUUUUUCCUUUCUCCACAAAUAUCUGAAUUAUUGUGUUGAGUGAGUCUUUUGUACAUCUUUUGUACAUUUUUUCACUGGUGCUACUACCCUUCCCCCUCUAGUCUGGAUCAGGUUUAAACCUUUUUGAAAGAAAUGCCCUAUUGAUAAGAUAAUAUUACACUUUGAAAAUUGAAUUAAAGACUAAGGUAUGAGAUGUCUAUUUUUUCAUUUUAAUGAAUUGAUUGCAAGUGAUAAUUUAAGAAACAAAUUACUAUUGUAGCUUUAAUAAUUUACCUAAACUGUAGCAUUAUUUUUAAUAGUUCUUAGAACCCAUGUAAUGCUUUUUGUACCCUUUACGUAUUUGAACAUUUUGUGGUAGUUGUAAAAGGGAUUAGUGGAAAAUACCUAUGCUAUGAAUUCUCCAAAUUUGUCUUUCAAACAAAAAUGUGAUUUCACAGAGGAUAUAGCAAAAACAACAGAAGUUUGUGACCUUACCUUAACUAUUACCUAGCAGUUGAUUAUAUUACUGCCUGUCAAAAUUAGAAAAUAUUUAAUUUGGGGGACUAUUUUUAGAUUCUAAGGGAAAAAGUGUUAUCCAGUUUAUAUCAAAAUAUAUACUUUCACAAAAAUAGGCUAUAAUACAGUAUUUACCAAUGACCAAUUGUUGUCAUUUCUCAUACCCCUCUUUUUUUCUUGAUUAGAGGUACUUUUGAAGAAAUACUCUACUGCAUAAUUUUAAACAGAAGCAAAUGUCUUAUUUUAGAAUAUCAUACAGGUAUUUAUAGAAAUAAUUGAUGAUAUUCUUCUGGAACAUCUACUGUGAAGCAUGAAAGUGAGCCCUAGAAUUUAGUUCCAAGUUCUUAGAAUGUUUUGAUAGGAGUAAGUGAAGGAGCCUGCUAGUAUAAAUUUUCAGAAAGCAAAGAGCACAAUGAACAGUACCCUUCUUCCCCUCCCUACUAAAUUAUAGGACAAUGGGAUUUCAAGAUUUUUAACUGCAUAUUUCUUUUUAGUUGAGUUUAAAACUGGCCAAGUUUUCUUUCAACUUUCAAUCACCAUAACUCAUAGGUUGAAGUAGUUUUACCUUUCAGAAAACUUAUAUGAAGCUGUAUUUUGAUUAAUUUAUUAAGAGCAGGUUUCAUUUGGGACAAUUUGCAAGAAAGAAUGGAGCCAAGAGUUAUUUUCUUUUGCACAAACCUUUUUUUUUUAAAAAAAGGUUAAUUUAGGGAAAGAUGUUUAUUGGAAAUAUAAAUUAGUUUGAGAAUUUAAUGUAAAUUAAAAAUUCAGUUGAUUUUUUUAAAUAUGAAGGCUUAAGAAAGAACUGGUUAUAAGGAGUAAUUUUGAGGGGGGAAAAGUUACUCAGAUAAGAAAAAUGAUAGUUUAGAUUGCGAUAGGUGUUUAUUAAGGCACAUAACUAUCAUUAACUGUUGCUAUCAGCAUAUUAGGAAGGUUGUGCAUUUCUAGAUUUAAAAAAAACAUAGAAUUGUUUUAAAAUUCAGUUGAAGAGAUUUCAAGGUGGAGGGAUGAUUAAAGUGGAAAUUUGUAGAUACAAUGUGUUGCAUACAUAAGCAAAUGUUAAGAUGCUGACUUAUUCCUCAAGACACUUUAAAUAAUGUUCAGUUCUUAAAAGUUCAGAGAAACUCCUUAAAGUAUUCCAUAACUGGUUGGACUGUUGGGUGUUCUACUUAGUAAGGAAGAAAUGGUGACCAUAGUUGUGUGUAGGGGGGUGUAUGUGUGUAGGGGUGUUUAAUCUCAUUUUGGUUAAUGAGCUCUAAAUUCAAGUGGGAAUAAUUGCAUUUUAAUUUCUAAAUUUAAUCUCUGUUACUAACAAAAUGUUCCAAUGUUCUAAAGAAGCAUUCACAAGAUAAAACAGCUAUAUAUUAUUUAUGACUUCAGUAACUUUUAAUUAAUUAUACAUUUCAGCAUAUAAAAACCACUAUGAAAAUAUAUAAGAUCUUGGCAUUAUAUUUAUUUCUGGCUGCAUCUGUACAUUAUUAGACUGUAAAAAUUAUAAUAACAUUUUUGUGUAGAAUUAAUUUAUAAAUUUAUACCAAAUUCAUACCAUUGGCAGAUUGAAAAAGUUUUCAGUCUAUAUUAAAAGAAGUUCUUGCUUAGAUGAAAUGCCAAGUGUGUGUAUGGAUACUACUGAAAUUGUGUGUGUGUGUGUGUGUAAUUCCCACAAUAAAAAGUCAGUAUGUGGACAUUAAGACAAUAUGCCAUUUACGAGCUGAUUCACAACAACCAAAACAAAAUGGAGAGAUUUUAUGAUUAUCUGGAUACUUUAGAAGAGCAAUCAAUUUUUGCUUUAGUUGCCUGAAUUGACGACUGUGGAGAUCAGGACAGAUUUCAUGGUUAAAUGUACAACUUUCUAAAGAGUAAAUGCAGAUAGGAGAAAUUAUUACUACACAUGUUAAGGGACUUUCCAAAUUUUCUUGUACUGAAGCUUUUUUGCUUCAUGUUUCACUUAAAAAAUUCAUUUGGCUAGAGAUUUGGAAUUCUUUUCAUUAUGGAUAUAAUUUUAUAGUAAUGUUAUUUGUAGUAGUACAAUUUGGCCUGUAAUGAUAGGACAUUGUAAAUCUACAAAACCAGAUGGUUUUAUUUUUGUUAAAUAUAAAUAUUUUGUGCCACCAAUAAUGGAGGUGGCAUUACUUCUCAAAAUAAACAUGAGAAACAGAAUUUAGCUAAAGGAGGAAAUUGUGGAACUUGGAACAUGUUUUUUAUAAUGUUAGCAAAGCCAGUGGGCUUUAAUUACAUAGAACAUUUUUCAUGGUAUUGAAUAAGUAGUUAUAGAUCUUGUUAAUGGUCAUCUUGAAUAUUUUUGGAUACAAAUUUCUUUGGUUAAUAGCAGCCAACUUAAAAGUUCAGUAGCUCAGUUUUGUCUUUGCAGAUAUAAGCUGUUCAGGUGUAUCAAUAUGCUUCCAAAUCUCUAAACAACACAUGCAAGGGGGAAGAAAUUCUCCUUGCUUUAUUGGAAGAGCAAUUUUAAAACAGAUGAAUGUCUACUCACACUUGACAGUGUGUUUGCCUGUGUUCAUCCUAUUUGAUUCAAUGAAAUGGUUAAGAAACUUGUUUUAAAUUAUUAUUUUAUAAUAAAAAGAUUAAUGACAUGAAGUAGUCUUCAUAUGGGGAGAACACAAUUUGAUGUGGAAAAAAAGUUAAUAAGUUCAUAUAAAAGAAAGCAGAUGCCUAUAGCAAGUUACAAAGUUAUUUUGUUUAUAUUCUGUUACAUAAUUUUAAAAAAGGAAACCAUUCAAAUCCUACCAUAUAGCAAACUUUGUAAGGAGGUAAUUUUCAGGGGAAAGAAAAAAAGUUUUUCCUGGUAAAUAUUAGAUCAUUUGAAAUAACUCUUGCUACAAUUUGUUAAUUCUCAUGGAAACUUGAAACUAAAUUUGGAGAAAAUUGGUGGGUAGAAUUGUUUCCAGAUCAUUUAGGCCAGUGCAAUGGGAGUUUUCUUUUUCAAUGAUAGCACAACUGAGUUGUCAAGUAUUAUUUUCCGCUUUCAAAAAUAAUUCUGUAUGUCUCAUUGUCUGGUCAUCGAUAUUGUAAAAAAUGUAUAAUCAGAACAGCUUUAAUUGUUGUAAAACUGAAAUUGGUUUGUAAAACAAUGUAUAAAUUGCAUUUGGUGGGCAGAAAAGCUUGAAUGACUGAAUGUAAUAUAUGUGAAAUGAAUAUAUUAUAGUCUAUUUUUGCCAUGAAAAUAAAUAUUUGAAGCAAAA